GGAAUAGAGCCUGCCUUACACACUCGCCAAGAGGGGUUAGGAGUGUCUUGUUUUCUCCCCAUGAAAAAGCUCUUCUUAAAAUUAUUAUACCUUGCAGAAAAAGAAGGAAAAAGACAUGAAAUUCCUGCAUCAUUAUGAUGGUAGCCCUGUGUAACUAUGAAGGAAUAACUCAAAAAUUCGUGGUGGAGAGGCCCAUGUAUUUCUGCUUUCUCUCCAGAGGACAGGAUGGACUGUGUGGCAACACAUUGUCAGUCAUCAAAAAGAUCACAGGCUGGGCAAAGCAAUAUUAUCAGCAACAUCACUAUGGACAAUCAAGACAUAGACCCCAGUCAUCCAUUUGACUCACGUCCUGCGCAGAAUACCAUGAUUAAACACUUGUGUAUUUUAGGGGUGUUCCAAAUGAUGGAUGGUAUGGUGCUGACUGUGCUGUGGGCAGUAGUUAUUGCCAAUUCAUCUCGCUACAAACUUUCUAUCAUACAAAUACAUCCGAUACUGCCCUACCUAUAUCUUUUGGUACCACUCAUUUAUGUCACAGCAGGAAUUCUGAACAUUGUGGCUGCAAAUAGACAGAAUCCCAAAUUGAUUACGGCCUUUAGAGUGUUCAAAUUUGUUACGUUUCAGGCUUCCCUGAUAUUCUCCAUAAUGCAUGGUGUAGAUACAUUUGAAGUUGCAGGGAGAAGGGGUGUAUUUCCUGUAGAUGUCCUAUCUUUUUUCCUCUCGUGGUUUCAGUUGAUCUUCCUGCUUUCCUGUUUGGCUCCCUCUAUCGCACGGAUAAAAACCAUGUGCUGGCAGAUGAUCUACUUAUGGUGAAUUGAGGUUGAACUCUCCCUUCCUGCACAAGACCAAGACUGACAUGUAUGGCAGUCCCACUCCAUGAAGUGAUUUGAGAGAGUGCCUUCAUGUGCUUUUCUUGGUCUUUUUUGCCAUUGCAUCAUCCAGGAAAUUCUUAUUUACAUAAUAAAUAGGAGCUGAAGUCUUCUAAGGAAAAUAACUGUCACUGAAUUGCUGAUAUUGACUUUUCUAUGGUUUGUACUCUAACCCCAAUGUGAAUACCUUUGAGGAUGGGUACAGAACUGAUGUGGGUACAUACCCUUGUUACCUAAACCAGAAACAUAUCCAGAAGGCUGUCAGUAUUGCAACCUGAUUUCUGAAAAUACUCAGACUAUAUCCUUACAUCCCAUGGCUCA